GAUAUAAAUACAUCUUCCAGGAGCAAGCCUGUUAUAUUGAAUCCUUCACAUUCAAGCCAUCUUUUGUUAAUUUCUCUUUGUCAUCUUUCUUGUGUUCCUCCAAUUGUUUAUUCUUAAAAAGUUUUCAAUUCUUUGAAUUUUUUUUCCCUUGUACAUACAUAGUGGUUCACUUAUAUUAACAUUGCUUUGAGUCGUCUUUUUCUGUUAACAAAUUCUUUGGCUUUAGACUAAUUCAAUAUUUCUUCCACAACAAUCAUCUUCAAGAGGCAACUGUGCCUCUGAAAAAGAAAAAAGAAAGGGAACUUGGCAAAAAUGACAAAGUAUUCAAUGGAGCAGGAAUUUGGUUGUGGUCUAAUGGGAGGAAUUUUCCAGCGUUGGAACAACCGUUCGAGAAAAUCAUCAGUACCUACACUGCCUGCAAAAGGCAUGAACAAGGUUUUGAAGGAACCAGUCACUGAUAAGUCUAAGAAGCCUUCGACCAAUGAUUCCGGGAGGAGGCGUACCAGCUUUGUGGACUCUGUCUUCCUGGAUUCCGCCAACUUGGCUAAACCUUUACCAAAACAGGACCAGAAACCAACCAGGAAGUCUGACUUGUUGCCACCUCGGAAUUCAAUUUCAAAUUCUCACCAGAGAAAAGACAGUAGAAGACCCUCAGAUGCUGCAAGAGGCUCAACAUCAUCCUCAUCUGGUUCAAGCCAAGCAAGAGUGUCAAAGGACUUGACUAGUGAGCAAAAAUUACUGAAAGAAUCCAGUGGAAGUUACUCCAAAGAACUUGCCAAGGUAAUCACUACUGAUCAACCACAAUCAAACAAAAGUAAGGCUCUUAUCCGAGCCACUUCAAGCAAUAUAAUGCUAGUAGGCCAUUUGGGGAACUUGAGACAGCUUGGAGCUGGGUGUGCUCUAGGGAACAAUAAUCCUAGAGCAACUAUUAAACCUGUGGAUGACCUUUAUCAGAAUUUUCAAGAGGCACACUCCACGCCAAAACCACCCAGAAAAAACAGCUUUAGUAAACUUGGUGGUUCUGUUAUGGGCAAUAUAAUAAGGCAGCAUAGUGACGAGUUUAAACAUUUUCAUGGUCCAAUAAGUAGAUUGGAUCCUGAUGCAUUGAAGAAUAUGGGAAAUGAGGCCUACAAGCAGGGAAGGUUUGAAGAGGCAUUGACUUUAUAUGAACGAGCAAUUUCUCUUGAUUCUAAGCAGGCAACAUAUCGGUGUAAUAAGAGCGCUGCCUUGUUAGGUUUGGGCCGUCUUAUGGAGGCUGUGAUUGAGUGCAAAGUAGCUAUUCAGCUUGAUCCUACUUAUUGUAGAGCUCAUCACCGUUUGGCAACAAUUUAUCUCAGAUUGGGAGACGCAGAACAGGCAUUGUAUCACUACAAACAAGCUGGCAAUCAUGCUGACUCUAAUGACAUUGCUGAAGCUCAGGCUCUAAAUCAACGCCUUAAAAGAUGCACUGAUGCUCGAAAAUCAAAUGAAUGGAAUACUUUACUUAAGGAGACUCAAUGUGCGAUAACCUCAGGAGUCGACUCUGCGCCUGAGGUCUAUGCUCUACAAACAGAGGCCUUACUGAAGCUCUACAGGCAUCAAGAGGCCUUUACAGCCUACGGCAAAGGACCAAAAUUUGCCAUUGAAUCUUGUAUUAAUUUCUUUGGCCUGACUGUUAGUGCGUAUCUUUUAAUGAUCAGAGCACUAGUCUGCAUGGUUUCUGGCAGGCUAGAAGACGCUAUGUUAGCAGCUCAGCAUUCAGCCAGAAUUGAUCCAGGCAACAAGGAAAUAAGCCUAGUGGUAAAGAGGACCAGAGCGGUAUUUUCAGCUCGAUUGAAUGGUAACUUGCUUUUCAAGGCAUCAAAAUUCGUAGAGGCUUGCACUGAAUAUGGUGAAGGACUAGAACAUGAUCCAUACAAUUCAGUUCUGCUAUGCAACAGAGCAGCUUGUAGAUCUAAGCUAGGUCAAUUUGAAAAGGCCAUUGAAGAUUGCACAGCUGCUCUUAAUGUGCAACCUUCUUAUACCAAGGCAAGGCUAAGGAGGGCUGUUUGUAAUGCCAAGCUAGAAAGAUGGGAAGCGGCAAUCCAGGAUUAUGAGAUGUUGAUAAGGGAAACCCCUAGAGAUGGGGAGGUCGCCCGGGCCCUGUUUGAGGCUCAGGUCCAGCUCAAGAAGCAGCGAGGUGAAGACAUUAAGGACAUGAAGUUUGGUUCAAAUCUAGUUGUGAUCUCCAGCAACGAGCGUUUCAGCCACUUUGUGACCUCACCUGGGAUGACUGUGGUGCUUUUCUGUAACAAAGCAAAACAGAAGCAAGUUCUGCAACUUAUGGAGCAAGUGUGCAGAAGAUUUCCAUCUGUCAACUUCCUUAAGGUGGAGGUAGAAGAUCAUCCUUACAUAGCUAUGUCAGAGGCUGUAAGCUCCAUUCCAGCCUUCAAAAUAUAUAAAAAUGGAUCAAGGGUCAAAGAAGUUCCAGGCAAUAACCCUGAGCUGUUAGAAAGAUCAGUCAAAUUGUACAGCAAUUGAAGAUAAUCAGACAAGAUCAUAGGGAAGUGGUACAGAGAAGAUAUGAAUAUGCAUGGGAAUGGGAAUAGGAAAACUUGUCACCUUUUCACAAAGAAAGUCAACAGAGAAAAAAAGAAAAAACCAAUAAUGGGGCUAUCGUGUCUGCCCAUGACUUUGCCGGCAUUGCACAUAAAGGAGGAAAAUUUGCGAGGAAUCAGCGUGGCACCUGAGAUUUAAAUAUGCAGAAGAAGAUUUUCUUUGCUUUUUUCCUUGUUUUCUUCAAUGUUAUAAAGGAGAGCAUCAAAGAGUUGUUUUUAAGGUUAUUCUCACAAAAUUUGA